ACGUGGCGCAGGAUCAGCGGGCCGAAGAAGAGAAACUGGGACGCGCGGCGCGGAAGAGCAUCAUGGUUUCUGAGGCAGACGUUACUAAGUAACGUUGUGUAUCCGUCCGCCGAUUUUUUUUUCUUUCUAAAAAAGCCCAACAUGGCGUCCGGGACAGCCGUUGGAGGUGGUGUGUGAGAGGAUUCCUCAAGCGGGUCUCUCCGUGGAUCACGCUAUUUAUUUUUUCAAUAGCUGAUCAUCACCACAAUGGCUACAGGAGGGAGUCCUUUUGAAGAAGGAAUAGAUGACCGUGACUUAGCAAACUGGAGUCAUGAAAGCCUUGAUGAUCGAUUGAACAAUACGAGUUGGGGAAGUCAGCCAAAGAGGCCAAAUAGAUCUUCAGAAAAAAACCAAAAAAAAGUUUCUGCUGAAAGUGAAACAAGAUUUACCAAUGAUAUUUCUCCAGAAUCUACCCCAGGAGUUGGACGAAGGAAGUCAAAGACUCCUCAUACUUUCCCUCGUACUAGAUAUAUAACCCAAAUGUCUGUCCCAGAACAGACGGAACUGGAAAAGCUUAAACAAAGAAUAAAUUUCAGUGACUUAGACCAGAGAAGUAUCGGAAGUGAUUCUCAGGGCAGAGCAACAGCUGCUAACAACAAACGCCAGCUUAAUGAAAACAGAAAACCAUUCAACUUCCUAUCACUACAGAUUAAUACUAACAAGGGAAAAGAUCCUGCAGUGAGUUCUCAAAUGCAAGAAACUGGUGCAUCUUCAAAAUAUAAGGACUUAUUUACAGCUGCUUUGAAUAAAGAUUUGUUACAGAAUUGUCCAGUUUCAAUUGAAGAAGAUGGUAGAGGUGAACCUGCCGUGGAUAGUAGCCAGAUUGUGAGCAGAUUAGUUCAGAUUCGUGACUACAUUGCAAAAGCUAGUUCCAUGAAAGAAGACCUCGUUGAGAAAAAUGAGAGAUCUGCUAAUGUUGAACGCUUAUCACAUCUUAUAGAUCAUCUGAAAGAACAAGAGAAAUCUUAUCUGAAAUUUUUGCAGAAAAUGCUAGCUAGAGAAAAUGAGGAGGAUGGUCGGACUAUAGAUUCAGCUGUGGGAUCUGGUUCUGUAGCUGAGAGCACAUCACUAAACUUAGAUGUGCAGUCUGAAGUUUCAGAUACAACGGAGGUAUCUUUUAGUCUGAAAACUCGGCCCUGCAUUGAGGACAAACUAGGGAAUUCAGCUACUCAAGGACAGGUUUCAGACAUGGAUGUUACAGCAGCUCCAAAAGGGAAAAGUGACACAACUGCCAUGAAUGGCAGGGAAAUCUGGUCUAGUAGGAUUAAUAGCCAAGAACCUGGAUUGCUCUCAAAGGCUAGAGAUCCUCAGCAAGAGGCUACAGAAGAACUUGCAAACCUAAAGAAGCAACAUGACUUACUGAAAAGGAUGCUACAACAGCAGGAACAAUUAAAGGCUUUAAAAGGGAGGCAAGCUGCCUUGCUUGCUCUUCAUCAUAAAGCAGAACAAGCUAUUGCUGUCAUGGAUGAUUCUGUUGUAACAGAAACAACAGGUAGCAUUUCUGGAGUGAGUCUAACAUCUGAGCUGAAUGAAGAAUUAAAUGAUUUAAUUCAGCGUUUUCAUAACCAGCUUCAUGAUUCUCAGAUUCAACCUGUGCCUGAUAACAGAAGGCAAGCAGAGAGUCUCUCUCUUGCCAGAGAAGUUUCCCAGAGCAGGAAUUCUUCUAUGUCUGAGCAACUUUCUGAUAAAAAGGCGCAACUUUUCAGUAAGAUGGUAGCAUUGCAGGAUAAAAAGCAAAAGAUGGAUAAACUGUUGGGAGCACUGCAUACACUUCGUGACCAGCAUCUUAACAACUCAUCAUCAUUUCUGCCAGCUGCAGGAUCUCCUCAGAGGAGUAUUGAACAAAGGAGCACAGCUUCAAUUGCUUCUGCACCUGUAGAGCCUACAAUAGCUGUCAAUGAAGAACCAAACAGCUUAGCAUCUUCAGCUGCAUACCAUCUGGAUUCUGUGACUUCACAGAAUGACAGUGAAGAAGACAACAUAAAUCCAACAGAAAAGCUUCAGAAGCUAAAUGAAGUUCGCAAGAGAUUGAAUGAAUUGCGUGAACUAGUCCACUAUUAUGAACAAACUUCUGAUAUGAUGACAGAUGCUGUAAAUGAAAAUACUAAGGAAGAAGAAGAGACUGGAGAGUCAGACUGUGAAUCUGAACAUGAGAAUCCACAACCUGUUACAAAUAUUAGGAAUCCCCAAGGAAUCAGUAACUGGGGUGAAAUUAAUUAUAAUAGCAAUUUGCAGUGUGGAAGUAAUAACCGAAAUGGAAGACAUCUCAAUACAUCCUGUGAAAUAAAUAAUCAAUCUGUUAAUAUAAGGAUGCCAAAUAUGCCUUCAACUUUAGAUUGUCACUAUAAUAGGAAAGAAGAUGGUGUGAUUGUCCCGCAAGAUGAUGAUGAGGAUAUUGAUGCUGAAGCUGAUAGAAUCAGCAAAACUUCAUUAUCCAGUCGAAGAAGUAGCAUAGCUGAUGACGGUCCUAUAGAUGCUGAGUUUGAGCAAAAGAUUAACAGACUUAUAGCAGCAAAGCAAAAACUGAAACAGCUUCAAAAUCUUGUGGCUAUGGUUCAGGAUGAUGAGAUGGAGCCAGAGACUGCAGGACAAAGUAAUGUGGAACAGUUCUUUCUGUCCGAAGAAGAAAAAGGACAGCAACAACCAAACAACGUUCGAACCAGUGCAAACAAAUCACAGAAAAGUGUUGGACUGAAUGAAAAAACAAGGGAGAAAUUUUAUGAAGCUAAACUUCAGCAACAAAAGAGAGAACUUAAACAUCUCCAAGAAGAAAGAAAGAAACUUAUAAAUAUUCAAGAAAAAAUUCAGGUCCUGCAGAAGGCUUGUCCAGAUCUUCAACUGACAUCUAGCCUGGAUAAUUGUGCAGGGAAUACUUCCACGGCAGCUGCUAAUGAAAUCAGCACAGUAAGCAAGUCUCCAAUUCAACCAGAAGAAUUGGCAGUUGAUAGUGAGACCUGGUCUCAAGUGCGUAAACAUGAGAUUUUAAGAGAAGAAUUGCGACAAAGAAGAAAACAACUAGAAGCCUUAAUGGCUGAGCAUCAGAGAAGACAAAAUUUAGCAGAUGCUUCACCUGCUGCACCUGGAUCUGUUAAAAGUAAUGGAUCAGAGACUCAGUGUACUCCACAGCAAAGCAGAACAGAAAAGACAAUAGCAACAUGGGGAGGAUCUACACAGUGUGCACUUGAUGAAGAUGAAGGUGAUGAAGAAGUAUACCUUUCUGAUGGGCUGGCUCAAGCAGAAGAGGAAGAGGAAGAACAAGAAUGUAGUUCCAAUGAAAUGUCCAUGUGUCCCAAUGUAGAUCAGAUCUCAUGUUGUGCAAAAGAAGAUAAAGAGAGCUGGAAGAAUCCUCGUCCUCUUUCAGCAGAUGGAAACUACCGUCCUCUAGCUAAAGCAAGGCAGCAACAGAACAUCAGCAUGCGACGGCAAGAAAAUCAUCGCUGGAUGUCUGAACUUUCUUAUGUGGAGGAGAAAGAACAAUGGCAAGAGCAAAUUAACCAAUUAAAGAAGCAUCUUGAAUUCAGUGUCAAUGUUUGUCAGACUUUAAUGCAGGACCAACAGAUGCUCUCUUGUUUACUGCAGACCUUGCUUACCGGUCCUUAUAGCGUGAUGCCUGGUAAUGUUGCUUCACCACAAGUACACCUCAUAAUGCAUCAAUUAAAUCAGUGCUAUGCACAGCUGACCUGGCAACAAAAUAAUGUUCAAAGGUUGAAGCAAAUGUUAAAUAAUCUCAUGCAUCAGCAAGAAAAACAGCAGGCCAGAACACCCAAAGAGGAGAAAGACAACAGGGCACCACCAUAUCCAUCACCAACUGUGUUUUGCCCCUUUAGUUUCCCUUCCCAAGCAAUGAACUUGUUCAAUAUGCCUGGAUUUACAAAUUUCUCUUCUUUCCCACCAGGCAUUAAUCUUGGCCAGAUGUUCCCAUCUGGGGACUUUUCACAUAACUGUAAUGUUCAAAACAGUGAAUAUCAGCCAACUUUAAACCAUAACAGUACUGGAAAAGCUGACUAUAUGGCAUUUCCAAAGCCAUUUGAAAGUAAUUCUACCUCUGGAGCUGAGAACCAAAGAAGUCAGAGACAGCCUGAAGAAGAAAUGGAAAAUAGAUCAGCUUGGUUAAAAGAGUAUCAGGAAGGAGGAAAAGAGAAACAGCCGUUUCUCAGGACUGGAUUUGCAGUCCCCAUGCAAAAUGCAGCAUGUAGCAAUCAGAAAAAUCAACCUGACAUAAGCAGACGAAGGGAAUUUGAUGAAGAAUCUCUGGAAAGCUUUAGUAGCAUGCCUGACCCGGUGGAUCCAACUACUGUGACAAAAACAUUUAAACCUAGGAAAGCAUCUGCACAGGCCAGUCUGGCUUCAAAAGACAAAACACCAAAGUCCAAGAAUAAGAGGAGGAGUAGUUCCCAGUUUAAAAAACGACCUAGAGCUAAUGGUUUUGAAAGUGCCAGUGUUUCUAGUACAUGUGAGCCUUACAAAGGCAACAGUGGUCGACCUUCAACUCGGAAAGAAGAACUUGUUCAAGCAAAAGUGUUCAGUAAAAAGAAUCGGGAACAAUUAGAGAAAAUAAUUAAAUAUAGUAGAUCAUCAGAAAUGUCUUCAGAAACAGGCAGUGACCUUUCUAUGUUUGAAGCUUUACGAGACACCAUUUAUUCUGAAGUAGCUACUUUGAUAUCUCAAAAUGAAUCUCGCCCUCAUUUUCUAAUUGAACUUUUCCAUGAACUCCAGAUGCUAAAUACAGAUUAUUUGAGGCAAAGAGCACUGUAUGCUUUACAGGACAUAGUGACCAGACAUGCAUCUGAAGAUAAUACAAGAGGAGAAUGUCCAAAGCAAUUGAACUCAAAUGCCUGGAUAGGAUCAAAUUCAGAGCUUACUCCAAGUGAAAGCCUUGUGACCACUGAUGAUGAGACAUUUGCAAAAAAUUUUGACCAAGGUGCUUGCAGAGAAUCUGAACAAAACGAUAGAGACAACGGCAGUACUAGAUCUACGUCUUCAAAUUUUGAACCUUUUGCUACUGAUGAUCUUGGCAACACUGUGAUUCAUUUAGAUCAAGCAUUGGCUAGAAUGAGAGAAUAUGAACGGAUGAAAAUAGCUGCAGAGGGAAACCUUGAUUCCGAGGAUGGUUGCUGUAGUAAUCUCCAGACUGCUCCAUCUUCUAAAUUGGAAGGUUCAGAUGCAGUUGAAAGCCAUUCUGCACCACAGACUACUGAAGUAUCUUCUAUUCCUUGCCCCCGAAUAGAUACUCAGCAGCUGGAUCGACAAAUAAAAGCAAUUAUGAAAGAAGUUAUCCCCUUUCUGAAGGAGCACAUGGAUGAAAUAUGUACUUCCCAACUCUUGACUUCUGUAAAACGUAUGGUCUUAACCCUUACUCAACAAAAUGAUGAAAGCAAAGAAUUUGUCAAGAUAUUUCAUAAGCAACUUGGUAGCAUUUUGCAGGAUUCACUGGCAAAAUUUGCUGGUAAAAAAUUAAAGGAUUGUGGAGAAGACCUUCUUGUGGAGAUUUCUGAAGUCUUAUUCAAUGAAUUAGCCUUUUUUAAACUCAUGCAGGACUUGGAUAAUAACAGUCUGACAACAAAGCAAAAAUGUAAACCAAAAAUAGAAGUAAAAAAAUCACUUGAAGGAGGAGUAUGUUCAUCUACUGAAGAUAUUGAUGAAGACAAAGACAAAGAUGAAACUGAAACUAUUAAGCAAAUUCAUGAACCUGCAAUAUUCAGCAGAGAAAUUCCAAUCAGUACAAGAUCAGAUCCUUCUGAUCAGGAAGAAGAGAGUGAAAAUUGUCCAGUCUCCAUAAGCUUGUCUAAAGCAGAAACCCAGGCUUUCACUAAUUAUGGAAGUGGAGAAGAUGAAAAUGAAGAGGAAGAAAUAGAUGAAUUUGAAGAAGGACCUGUAGAUGUUCAAACCUCCCUCCAGGCAAAUAAUGAAACAACAGCUGAAAAUGAAGAAGAACAGAUUUCACAGUCCAUAUCAGAAAAUCUAAAUGUGCGUCAAAUUUUAUCUUCUGAACAAGACACUGCAAAUGCUAAAGAUGAUCAAAAUAUACCUGCUAUUGUACCUCAGUAUCUUAAUCUUACAGAAGAAAAGCAGUCCUUAGUUGUUAGAGUUGCUGAAGAUUUUAAUACCAGCAUUAUAUUAGCUACAGAAAAAACAAAUUCUCCAUUAGCAGAAAAUGAAAACCAAACGAUAGACGCAGUAUGUGGAGACUCAAAAUCAUCAUCGGGAACACCUGAAAGCUCUGUAGUUGGCAGUCCUGAUACAGAAUCUCCUGUAUUGGUUAAUGAAUAUGAAACUGGUUCCGGAAACGUAAGUCAGAAAUCUGAUGAAGAUGACUUUGUAAAAGUUGAAGACAUACCGCUUAAACUUGCAGUUUACUCAGAGGAUGAACUAAUGAAAAAAAUGAUGGCAGAGUCUCAGACAAAUAGUAUCACGGAAGAAAUUCUAGCUGAAGCAGAAAGGCAGGGUGAGGAAUUAGUAGGAGAUCCUCAAAUGUUGAAGGAACCUGAGAUUGUCGGAACUCAGAGUGCAUGAAAAUGACCCUUGGAACGUCUCUGUGGCCUAAUUCAUUGAUAAAUGCAAAUAGAAAUCACUACUACGUUUCAUGUGUUCUAAUCUGUAUAAAAUGUAAAGUAGUUUUUCACACACUGCCUUUUAGAAUAGACUUGCAAAUUUUUUCUCAUAAAAGUUCAAACAGCUAAACUUUCAGUCUGGCUGCAGUUCUUAUGUUUUUAUUAUUGUGAUUUUAGCAAUUUUACCCUGUAGUUUUAAAUAAAGUUUGACUUGUAUGUAGGUGUGUUUUGAACAACGCUAUAUGAAGCUAAGAUGAUCCAUGAGUAAUAAUAGAUUCAAGGAGAAAAGUGUUCAUUUCUAAAAACAGUUUAUUGGUAGCUUGUUUAAAAGUGUUCCUGAGUUCUCAUCACAUGAUAAUGGGCUUGAUCCAAAGGUGUUCUUUAAAGUUUUGCUUUUCUUGCAAUAUUAACAGCAUAUUGGGGUACCUUAAAACUGACAAAUUUAUUACAGUAUAAGCUUUCCUGUACUAUAAUUAUUUCAUCAGAAAGCAAUUUAGAGGCCAAAGAGAGAAUGAGGAUUAAUAAAAACUAUAGUAAAAAGAUCAGAUUGAAAUGAAACAAAAAUAAUUCUCUAAAUAAUGAUCAUAAUAAUAAUCUCUUAGCACAUAUAACAUGAUAAUAAAUCUUUGUCUUUAUAACAUAUAAUGUUAAAUCUCUAAUGAUUGCUCCCUGAACCAUUUCAUCAGUCAUCAUAAGUCUUUAGCUCAAAAGUGAUUACAUGGCUGAAGUGAUUAUCUGUGGACAAAGGUUUGGGACAGUAUCCCAAACCAAUGUAAGCUUUGUAUCUGUGUGUAAGAACUGACCAACUUACUUAUUAAACCCUUACACCAUCUCCACCAAACAGUUGUAUAUACAGUACUUUCUUCUUAGAAUAUUUUGAUUAAAGGGACUAGCCCAGAAAAUGUUAAGGAAAGUUAAAUAUAUUAAAUAUGUCAUUAUUUCAACAACUUCAGAAUUCUUCACCGAUUGUUUUUGUACCUUUAGAAACUGUUUCUUCUGAAUACAACUGUUCACCUUGUGAUAAAAUAUUAUGUGAAAACACA